AUGUUCAAACUUGUGUUGAUCUGCGCUGUUAUCGCCAUGGCCGUCGCCUUGCCAGUCAGCGAUGAGUCGAAAGCUGAAACCAUAAACCGCAACGACGAUGUGCGCGCAGAUGGAUUUGACGCCUCUUUGCAAACCAGCAACGGCAUCCUUAUACAGAGUAGCGGCGAUGAGAAGGGCAACAUCCAUGGCAGCUACGCCUUCACAUCGCCUGAGGGUGAGGCGAUCGAAGUCAAGUAUGUGGCUGACGAGAACGGAUAUCAGCCCAGCAGCGCAAGUCUGCCCGUUGCACCCCCAAUCCCAGAAGCGAUCCUGAAAUCUCUGGCUUAUAUUGCUGCCCACCCACCCACACCUGAACACUAA